ACACUUGCACAAACAAUCCCGGAUUAGCGAUGUACUAUUAUAUCCAAUUUUCUUCCUAGUCUGAUCUUCUCGUUUUCUUUUAUCUCUCGCAUGAUCCUUUGUCUUCAAGGACUCGAGUUAUUGGCGACCGGGAUAUCUCCUGUAUGUAGUUUUACCCCCAUCAGAACUGAAAAUGCAAUCGACUGCGCGAACAUUUAUGAAACGAUUGAGCUCCUCGUUAUUUUUCCAGAUUCUUUUGCCCGCAUCAAAACUACCCCUACCGGAGCCCUCACGCUGAAACCCUACGCUCUCAUACAACUGAAUCAGAUAGUCUGGUAACGGGAGACAAACAUGAAGGCAGUUCUAACAACAAGCCGAGUACCUCUUCCCCUCGUAGACACA